AUGGGUUUAUCUUUUCCAUCAGGACAUGUAGAAGGCCUAAAGGAUAGUCUUAGAAAGAGAGUGGAGGAGAAGAAAAGAAGUGCAGAGAUAUAUAAGGACUUUGUAAAAAGGAUGUAUGAGUUGGAAAAUGAGCUGGAUUUUAUUUCUGCAGAAGAUCAGAAGAGCAUGGUGGAGAGUACUAAAAGAAGAAGGAGGUCCACGACGCUAGAUGUGGAUGAGAUACUUUAUACUGCAGUAGAUGAGACAGCUAAGGAUUUAAGGAGAAUAUUAGGAGGUGAAAAAGAUCUUGAUGUUUUUAUUGAAAAUAAUGCGCUAAAUAUAAAGGGCUGUGUAUUUACCAAAGGAGAUAAAAUCAAAGCUCGAAUAAAAAGAGAAGAGUUUGUAGGAGCUAUUGUUUCCAUAGGCGAAGAAGACAUUGUACUAAAAACAAAAGAGUAUAAAAGACUUAAGAUCCUAUUGGAUGAUAUAAGAUCCACAAAAUCUUCAAUUAUGCCAAUUAAUGAGAUUAGGCGUUGA